GCCUUCGCGUUAGGACAAGGUGCUGGAAGUGACAGAGCGAAAGAAAAGACUCCAGCGCUAGAGCGUAAAAAACGUAGCAAGCUACAGUAACUGGCCAUUCAUUCGGAAUCCUGUAGCAUCUGUUAUCAUAGCAUAAAACAAAACCUGAGCCCCGAAGUCAACUCGGAGCACUCUACUAUCCGAAAGAAUGCAGCUUGGCCAGUCAACCCGGUGGGAGUGACUGAUAAAGAUGGGCCAAAGAAGUAGAGCCCACUGGUGAGGAGUGGUGAAGAGUCCAAAUAGAACCAUAGCGGCUAAACUACCCCGAGCGCCACCAUGCCCCGCCUCCCCUUCUGAACUCUCCUGCCACUCCGACUCAGUCCCUUCCAUCCCCUGUCCCACACGCACAGACACAGUCACUCUUGCCAGUCGAGCUGCGGGCCGCGCUCGCCAUGGCCUCGGCCUACCUGUGGAAGCUGUCGUCCCAGAAGCUGGGCUUCUUCCUGGUGAGCUUUGGCUUCAUCUGGGGCAUGAUGCUGCUCCACUUCACCAUCCAGCAGCGGGCCACGCACGAGAGCAGCACCAUGCUGCGACAGCAGAUCCUGGAGCUCAGCAAGCGCUACAUCAAGGCCCUGGCCGAGGAGAACCAGAGUGUCAUGGACGGGCCCUACGUGGGAACCAUGACGGCCUAUGAUCUGAAGAAGACCCUGGCGGUGCUCCUGGACAACAUCAUGGUACGGCUGGGCAAGCUGGAGUCCAAGGUGGAGAACAUCUACAACAGCACGGGGGCUAACCUGACCAACGGCACCAGCACGGCCACCCCCAGUGCCUCCAAUGCGGAGAAGGUCAACGUGGCAGAUCUGCUGAACGGCGCUCAGGAGAAAUGUGAGCUUCCCCCCAUGGAUGGCUUCCCUCACUGUGAGGGCAAAGUCAAGUGGAUGAAGGACAUGUGGCGGUCAGACUCAUGCUACACUAACUACGGCGUGGACGGCUCCACCUGCUCCUUCUUCAUAUAUCUCAGCGAGGUGGAGAACUGGUGCCCGCACCUGCCCUGGAGGACCAAGACAUUGGACGAGGAGGCCGACCGGAGGGGCCAGACGGAGAUCCGGACGAGCUUCGAGGAGCUAUACCGGGUCACGUCUCGGCGAGAGGAGUUCCGCUGGAUGAUGCUCCGGAUCAAGCGCAUGGAAGACCCCUGGAUCAAUGCCAUCCGCGCCCUGGCUGCCAAGCAAAACCUGGCCAAGCGCAAGAGGAAGAAGAUCCUGGUGCACCUGGGCCUGUUGACCAAGGAGUCGGGCUUCAAGAUCGCAGAGAACGCCUUCAGUGGGGGGCCCCUGGGGGAGCUGGUGCAAUGGAGCGACCUCAUCACCACCCUCUACCUGCUGGGCCACGACGUACGCAUCUCCGCCUCCCUGGCCGAGCUCAAAGAGAUCAUGAGGAGAGUGAUGGGGAACAAGUCCAGCUGCCCCACCCAGGGGGACAAGGUGGUGGAGCUCAUCUACAUUGACAUUGUGGGCCUGACCCAGUUCAAGAAGACACUGGGGCCCUCCUGGGUCCACUACCAGUGUAUGCUGCGGGUUUUGGAUUCCUUCGGCACAGAGCCCGAGUUCAACCACGCCCACUAUGCUCAGUCCAAGGGCCACAAGACCCCCUGGGGCAAGUGGAACCUCAACCCCCAGCAGUUCAACACCAUGUUCCCCCACACGCCAGACAACAGCUUCCUGGGCUUUGUGGUGGAGCAGCACCUGAACGCCAGCGACAUCCGCCACAUUGACGAAGUCAAGCGGCAGAACCAGUCGCUGGUCUACGGCAAGGUGGACAACUUCUGGAAGGACAAGAAGACCUACCUAGACAUCAUCCACACCUACACGGAGGUGCACGCCACCGUGCACGGUACCAGCACUGUGCACUUGCCCAGCUACGUGAGAAACUACGGCAUCCUGAGCGGCCGGGACCUGCAGUUCCUCCUCAGGGAGACCAAGCUUUUUGUUGGCCUGUCCUUCCCCUACGAAGGCCCCGCCCCCCUAGAGGCCAUAGCCAAUGGCUGUGCCUUCCUCAACCCCAAGUUCACCCCGCCCAAGAGCAGCAAGAACACGGACUUCUUCAAGGGCAAGCCCACCCUGAGAGAGUUGACCUCCCAGCACCCGUAUGCUGAGGUGUAUAUUGGCCAGCCCCACGUGUGGACGGUGAACAUCGACAACCCUGCGGAGGUGGACAGAGCCAUCCGCUCAAUCCUCAGUCAGAAGAUCGAGCCCUACCUGCCCUAUGAGUUCACCUGUGAGGGGAUGCUUCAAAGAGUCAACGCCUUCAUUGAGAAUCAGGAUUUCUGCCAUGGCCAGGUGAUGUGGCCUCCCCUCAGUGCUCUGCAGGUGAGGCUGGCUGAGCCGGGGAGCUCCUGUAAGCAGGUGUGUCAGGCGGAGCAGCUCAUCUGCGAGCCCUCCUUCUUCCAGCACCUCAACAAGGACAAGGACCUGGCCCGGUUCGGCAUGGACUGCCAGACGGUGGAGUCGUCGGGCGACACGGUGGUGCCUGCGUACAGCGACGCACGUCACCACUGCAUCUUCCAGUCGGACCUGCUGCUGUUCAGCUGCGCCGGCGCACACCCCUCCCUCAAACGCGUCUGCCCCUGCCGGGACUACAUGAAGGGCCAGGUGGCGCUGUGCAAAGGCUGCCUAUAGCACCUGUCUGUCUGGGUGAGUGGAGAGGAUCGAACUGGAGUGGAUUGGACCCCGUACCCUUCCAGAGCGCUGCAGGGAAUGGGGGGUUGGGGAUCUCUAGCUCUAACCACUCAGAUGGCUUGACUCCUCCCCCUGGCUCCACACCUGCAGUCCUGCAGCCUAACUCCUCCCACAGCCAGGCCUCUGGAGGGAGGAAGAGCAGCCUGGGAACCAGACAACCAGGAGACAUCUGUAUUAUUUAUGUCUGUUUUUAAUCGCCUGAACUUUGACCUUUUAAGGCAUGUUGAUCAGCUCGUCAGACAGACACAGCAUCGGCAGCAAACUGUGGAAAUUCAAAUGGUGGACAGAAAGAGGCCAGUGAGCUAUAUACAUACUCUGGGAACUAGGAAUGUCAAUGGAAAAGUUUUCAGUAAGGCACCGGGCAGGAGGAAAGGAGGGUACAGAAAAAAGAGACAUUGCGCAUCGGCCUGAAUUACUUGAAUCAAUGGGAGUCGGUGUAUAUUUGAGGCAGAGCGCAUGGCAACAGCUCACUACUGCCCCUAGGAUGUGUGGCAGUGGGUGGUACUGCAGUCGGUGGCCCAGUGAUUCCACCCACUGUAUCUCUCUCCAAGCUUGUAGUCGCAUCGUGGGACCAACGAGCUGGUGUGUCACCACACUCGGCAUGCUUUCCUCUCUGCCCCCCUGUCCCCUUUUUAUCUUUGAACUCUUUUAGCUAUGUCGGUUUGCACUGGAGACCCAUAAGAGGCCGUCCCCAGGCAGUAAAGCUCUGUUUCAAUGUCCACACUAGCGUACUACUUAGGAUGAAGCAAUGCACAGGGCAUGUAUUCUGAAUGGUAUGCUCCAAUGGAAAUUUUCCCAUAGACCCUGAUCUAUGGUCAGUUUUGCAUUUCCCUUAUUUAUGCUUACGAUUGGGGGAGUGGAAGCUGAUCCUAGAUCUGUAUCUAGGGGAAACUUGACCAAAACGAACACUCGUGUGAAGAAGACGACGCGGAGCCAGUUUUACACUGUAACUGUACCACUCCCCAUCGUCGCGUCUGGACAGGGGAGCGGGUCAGAUGUAGAUAUAAUGUUGAUUUUUAAACGUUCUAAAUCGCAAAUCAUUUUGAAUCCUGAGGCAUUGUCCCUCGUGGUCAUUCCCAACUACACCUCACACACACACCGUCCAGCAUGGCUCCUCUGUAGCCCUGCAUGGUAGAUUGCCCCUCCUCAUGUUCCCAAUGUACAGACUAGAGGAUGAGUUUUCGAAAUCGCACCCAUUCACAGCCACACACACACACACACACACACACCUGACUGACCGGUUGGAAUGUGCUGGGGAUAAGAGGUGUGUGCAAAAUAAUUGCCAGUAGCUAAUGAAAAUAAUAAUUAGUCAUUGAUCAAUUUUAAUCAAAUGUAUUAAAAAAUAUA